UCCUGAGCUUCAUAUAGCCCUGGACAUGGUGUGUUUCCUCAGUGUGUUCAUCUGCAGUGGAACAGAAGUGAUAGAGGACAGAGCAGAACAAGCCGAGAAACAAAGAGACAUGGAAGAACGCAGACUUCCCAUUAGUGUUCGCCUUUUAGGAGUGAUGCACAAGGAGAAGAGCAAACUCUACAUGACCUCGGUUCUUUGGUCAGAUCAGAACGAGAUCGUGGUCUACAGAACACUUGAGGAAUUCAGAUCACUGCAUAAUCAACUGAAGAAGAAAUGUGCAGCUUCAAAUGUAGGUCCGUUCCAAAGAUCAGUUAGGAUUGUUCCCAAGUUUAAAGCUGAGAAAGUAAAGCGAGGUCUUCAGAAGAGCUACAGUAAGUCUCUGCUGAGGCUGAAGCCGCUGGAAGAGUACUGCAUGGCACUGCUGAGUGCUCAUCCUUCUGUCUCUCAAAGUUCAGAGCUCAGCCAGUUUCUGCUUCCCAGACCAGAUGAUCUGAAUCCAGAAUUUUCCCAGAACAGCAUUAUAAUCAUGCCGUCAGAAGAAUCUCUGGGCAGAAGCAGUCAGCUGAAAUCAGAUGCCAGUGUAACCCAACCAUUUGUGACCCAGAUGUACCGAUGCAUCGCUUCCUAUGAAACUAGGGACACAAAGAACCGUCCCUUUAAGGUUGAAGUAGGGGAAACUGUUGAUGUGCUAAUAAAGGACAAAGCAGGCUGGUGGUUGGUUGAGAAUGAGGCUAAAUGCCUCGCCUGGUUUCCUGCUCCAUACCUGGAGAGUGCUGAAGCAGAUGACGAAGAAGAUGAAGCUGGAGAAAGUGGUCUAUAUGUUGCCUCCAAAAGUUACAAAUCCACGAAAAUAGAUGAACUGUCUGUGGAGAUUGGAUCCGUGGUUGAGGUUUUAAGAAAAUCGAAUGACGGAUGGUGGCUAGUUAGGUACAACUGCAGAACUGGCUACAUCCCUUCCAUGUACCUACAACCAUACAUCAAUCCACGAGUGCAUAUAAUUAGCUCCCAGACUGAAAAUCAAAGUUCAAACCUAAACAUGGCUCAGUUUCAGGUCCCUGCUCGGUCUGCUCUGAUGAUCCCAGGACAUGAGCUCAGUCGCUCACAGCACAACCUCCAGCAACUUCCAGGAGACAACCUGAAUCUUAGUGAUAAAGCCAAAUCACAUUCGUUGAAUAUUCUCACAGUUGUUCCCCGCAUGCCAAUCACAAUUAAAGUGGAGCAUGAGGAGGACAACAGGAUAAGGACCUUGAGCCGCAGCAGUAAAGGAAGCUUUAGUGACUCAGACAGCUCCUCAAGCAGUGGGUCCUUCCGCAUGAGCAGCCCCACGGUCAUCCGGCAGGGUAGCAUGCCUCAGCUUGACCACCUGGAUCCCACCUGCGGUAAGCUCCUGCCCAGCACAUCAGAGCCCAAUGUAUUUAAAUUGGCUAGAACACCAAAAAUUCCACCAAGGCCUCAAGCACAGGAGAUCCUUAAGCGCUGCACCACUGUGACACGUAAAAACAUCUCCAAGAGCCAGAUGUUGUCUCCAAAUGAUGACAUCCACUGCCGCUGAGCACAACUGAAAUGUUGUUUGUUUCAUUAUCUCAGCUAGAUGUGGAUCACCACACCAAUGCAAGCAUGGAGACACAGUUGUGUGUGGCAAGCAGGAUUCGGUUUAAUGCAUCAAGUAAAGGUUAGAGUCCAGUGAAGGAAAAUACUGCCAUAAUAUUAUUAUUGAACAUACAGUAUCUAAUAUAGUGGCUUUCUUUCUAUGGGGAAAGUCUUUGAAGGAAAAGUGCAAUCUGCCUUAUGAUGCAUGCUAAGUAUUUUAUAGUAGUUCAUUUGUACAAUCUAGGGUUCUCAAACUUCAGCCUAACUCCCCCUGUGAACUGUGAAUUAGCUGCCAAAUUUUAACAGUGCUAUUUAACAUCUGCCAAAUUAAAAAAACAUGCAACACUGUUUUAGACUGAAGCAUUUUGAAAUAAAUUGUUUCGAUUUAAUUUGACGAUGUUGAGACCUUUCUGAUCCAAAGGUUCUAUGUGACUAUCAAAAAAGAUUACAGUGAAAGAAUAAUACAAUCUCUCUUGAAUUAUACAGACGCAUAUUGUUUCUCAAAAGUUUGUAAUGAAAUCUUCCAAAAUGCUUUAGAUAAUUUUUUUUCUUUGUUCAACUAUACUGAAAAUCUCUUCCAUACUGGAAACGUAAUUUAGUGCAUCAUAUAUGCAGCAUUAAAUACUCCCUAUAGUAAGAUAUCACAUGAUUGAUCUUGUAUUAUUGCAUUUGCAUACGAAUAAGCAUAACUUUAAAUUAUUAUAAUUUUUUCAAUUUUACAAUUGAAUGAAAUUAUUCUGUAAAUCAUACACAAGCUGAGCUCUCAUUGUAAAAUUACAUGUAAAGUGUGUGGGAAGAUUAUGUGUUCUGUUUGAUUCUUUUACACUUUUUAAGCCUAUACAUAAAAUAAAAAAGGAUGUCUUGUUAACAGU